UCCUGUUCUGGUGAGCGAAAUGCUGCUGGUAUAGUCGCUGCAGGGAGGAAGAGAGUGAUCCCGCGGGCUUCGUUCCAAUCCUGCUCGCAUUUCUCGUGCGGUUGUCGUCUCGUAAAGUUAUCUCGGGGUAGUGUCGAAAAAAAAUAAAAAAAACCUUUAGGCCAUCCGACAUUUAUCCCGAACAUGGCGCAACUUUUGGCUUUUUUUAUAAUUAUAUCGGUAUGCGUAAUUGUCAAUGUUCAAGGUCAGCUACCGACAGACAAAAAAUUGGUAAUUGGUCAAGCGUUCGAUGAGAUUGUGGUAUCAUCGGAUUUAAAUGUGAGACGUAAAUCAAAAGAAAAUCGCCAAGACAAAAAAAUACUGAUGAACGUGCCAUCAGGUACCACAGGACCUGGAAAACCCACGGAAAUUGCGUUUAGGCUCGUGUCCAGUGACGGUAGUCGGAUUAAAGACACACCGAACAAACGGCAACGACGGACAUCUAAUCAAUGGGCACUGGAACACUGGAUACUGGAAUCUAGAAAUUGAAGACUCGAUUAAAAAAAAAUUUGCACGCUUCGUUGAGGACAACAACCGCACGAUAUUUCACCGACCCAUCUGUGAUCACACGUUUCGGCCUGCUUUCGGACUUUGGCUGUAACAAAAGGAUAAUAAAAUUAGCAGUCACACAACAAA